AGCCCACGAUUCCAAUCGCAGAAGCCGCACCUCCCCCGAAGAUUGCAAGCUACGAUUUUCAAAAUCUCGUUAUCCUUCGCCACCUGCAGCGAAGUCCUCUGUUUUUCUCUCCCUCUCUCCAGUUUUCCGUUUCUUCCUUUGUUUCGAAGAUCUUGAAAUUCGAAGCUCGUUUUGGGUUCGGAACCGACGGUAAUGGCAGAGGAGGAAGGCUGCACGACGCCCAAGCACGAGGAGUACAGAAUUCCGCCGCCCAGCAUCUGCCCCCCACCGCCGAAGAAGAAGAAGCCGGCCAGCGGGAAGAUGAGGGACGCGCCGAAGAACGGGUACUUCCAGCCGCCGGAUCUCGAUGCUCUGUUCUCUGUGCCUCCGAGGAGAGAAGCUUGUGCUUAGUUUGUAUUGAAUUAUGGUGUCUUGAUUAGUUUAGUUGUUAGAUUAGCGGCAGUGGAUUUUUCUUUUUCUCGAUUGGGAUAAUUGUAAAAACGAAAAGGAUCGCGUGGAAUUCUCGAAGAGAAAUUCCUUGAUUCGACGCCCAAAUGUAAGCAGCUUUCAUUAGUAAUUGAUCUUUGUAUUGCAAUUCGCAGGAGACGUUCGUUUU